UAUUCGACUACCUUAUUAAGAAACUCAUUGUAAAACGAAAUAAUUUGAUUGGUUAGAUGCUUUCACUGAAAAAAAAUUUCAAAACAUAAACAAGUUGAUUUUUUAUCAGAAGAAAAAAAAAAUAUGCAGUAACACAUCAAUCUUGGUAAUAAAACGAAAUAUCUUGGAAAAAACGAAUCAGAAAUAUUAUCUAUUCGUUAUUUAUUUGUAACAUUCAGUAUUUCUGUACUAAAAAAAAGUUUUAAAGUAAAAUUUAUACACUCAGUGACAAUUUUUCUGUACGUUUACAGCUUUAAAAUACGAUUAUCAAGUUUUACUAAAUCUGUAUUGUAUUAUAUUACUAAAAAAACCUUCUGGGGCUCGGUGUAACAAUGCUCUCUGCUAUUUCUUCUUAUAUAUGGGGUUCGAGCGAACAAGCUGAAGAAAAAAUGAGCGACGUGAAACCGCCUUGUGAAGGUUUUGAAACAUUAGAAAAUGAUUGGGUUUUUAUUAAGCCAAAAGAUUUUGCUGACAAUACAGUAAAGCGGGCUCAUUUUAAUGAAGAUGGGUUAUCGACUGCUUCUGAAUCUAGUGUAGAAGAAAGUUGGUUAGUGACGCCUCCUCAAUGCUUUAAUGCAAAGAUGGAAAUAGAUAAGACCUCAAACAUGAGCCCUAUGGAAAAUCUUUUGAUUGAACACCCUAGCAUGUCUAUAUAUCAUGUGAGUGAUAAAGAAGACAAAGAGAUGAAAGAUGUCAAAGAAAUUUCUGUUAGCCGACAGAAUUGUGAUCAUCGCGCUGUUGCCGGACGACUUCAAUUGCUUGAAAGCAGAACGCCGUUAAAAGAUCUUAGCGAGAAAAUUUUGAAUAAAAAAAGAAAUAAAGUAAAUAACAACAAACAGAAAAAUAUGGUUUACAUUCGAAGUCGUAGCACUCGUGCCAACAAGCAGUACGGUCGCAUGAACGGAAAGCAUACGGGAAUGGUCGGAAAACGCGCGAGCUAACAACCAAUACACUUCUAGCAAAAUUUUAAAAUACAAAAAAAAAAAAAAACUUUUAAAGAAAAAGAAAAAAUAUAAAUAAAAAGGAAUGAUAUCUUGCAUUUGGUUGCUUGUAGGUUUAUCGGAAGUUGCAUGCAGGUUUUAAAUACAUAAAAUGCAUAUAUGAUAAUACCUAUAAUUUCCGAUUUUGCAAUUUAUCUUCUUGUUUCAAAGAAAUUAAAUUUUCUCUUCAUAAAAUUCAUAUAUUUAUAACAAAAAAUGAGGAAAUCGAUUCAUCAAUAGAUAUAAUAGUUGAUUUAUUUUUAAGCGCCAUUUUAACCUAUUUUUUUGUGUUACUUGGUAUAUUUGCUUAAUAAUUUCCCGCUAUUUUUUGCUGUCACUUUUUUUCAGUUUUGUAAAUAUAAUUAUAUUAUUUCAACAAUGUAGGAUUUUUUGUAAUUAGCUUAAAUAUUUACUCAUAAAUAUAUUUGUAAAUAGGCAUGUUUAUUUGAAUGUUAUCAUUAAAAAUUAGAAACUUUUUCUAA